GAGACAGUGAGGGAGCGUGAGAGAACAUUUUUAUUUUUAUUUUCUGAGCAGGAGUUUGUGAGUCUGGACUGAGAAUGAAGAUCCUCCUCAUCUUCACCUUCUGCCUGAUGAUCGCUGAUGAUACUGAUGCUGUAACUACAAUAACUGGAUACAGAGGAAGAUCAGUUCAGAUUCAAUGCCCCUAUGAACCUGGAUAUGAAGAGAACAAAAAGUUUCUCUGCAGAGGUGAAUGUCCCUAUGUGGGGUAUAAUGACAUUCCUGUUGAGUCUGGAUCUCCUGCUAAAGACCCCAGAUUCUCUCUGUAUGACGACACAACAACCAAAAUCUUCACCAUCACCAUCACUGAUCUGAGACCAGAGGAUGAAGGCACUUACUGGUGUGUGAUAGAGCGGCCAGGGACAAAUAUUUACACAGAGCUUCGACUGCUGGUUGAAACAGCUGAUCCUGCCAUCACUACUGUCUUCCACACUACACACACCACUUCAACACAUGCCAUGAGUCCACCCGUAAAUGCAGAGACCACACAUUCAACAAGAGCUAAACCAUUAAUUGAUGCUACUCACCCAGUGAGCGCUCCCUCAGAUCAGGAGAAUCCAGGUAUAGCGGAGUACGUCAUGAUCAGUACAGGCGCAGUGUUGUUCGCUGUUGGUGUGAUUAUAGCAAUCUACUGCAAAAGAAAGCAUCAAGGCUCUGAAACAGUGAGACAAUCUCCCAGAGAGACAAACGGAGAUUAUGAAAAUGACCAAAAUGUACUUCCUCUCCAAGCAAGAGAAAGCGCCAAACCUGAAUCUGUCUAUCAGAGUCUCGAUCCAACUACCAGGCAAUCCGACUCAGUCUACCAGGGUCUGAGCUUCACUCAUAACUAAUAAGAUUCAGUCUGCAAGAGUGCAGUGUGGGAAAUAAGGCCAGACUGGUGGACAUUGACCGGUAAUUUUUGCAUUUGCCUGUCUGUAUUUCAAAAGCAUCAAACCGGAUGGCCCAUGAAAAAUUGUAAAGAUAUGGAUCUAAUCUACUUCUAAUUUUCUUCCAAAUGAUACACUUGGCGAAUACAUGAUGUCGUAACACAGCCUGUGAAACGGGAGCUCCCGUGCGCCCGAAUUUAAAAAUUCAUAACUCGGCCACCAAUGGCCCUAGACCUGACAAAAUUUACAGGCACAUCCCUCUCCUUGAGCCCUUUCAAACCAGCCAGGCAUGGCCCACUCUAAUCAUGGCUCGGCCCACUAUUCACCACGGAGUCCCGGAAAAACUUUAACACGAGCCCUGGCUCGAGCCAGCCUUUAGAAAUUCAUAACCUGGCCACUGAUGGUCCUAGUCACAUCAAACUUUACAGGCACCUCCCUCUCCCAGAGUGGCACACUAAAUAUGACAAUAAUAAUGCACCAUAUCUAGUGCCUUUCUCACACUCAAGGUCGCUUUACAGUUGGGGGGGGGAGAGAAAGUCCACCAAAAGAGGGUCAUGAUGUAAUUCCAAUGGAGUAGCGACCACAGUCCCACCAAAAGGUGCAGAAAGAUAAAUCCCACACUGCCUGCACAGCCGCUGGGCAACAUCACUCAGAACACCGCACCAUGGAUCCACAAAGUGAGCACAAAAGCACCACCACACAGAGCGCCGGUACGUCCCAAACCACCUGCACAGCCACCAAGACAUCACCAGGCAACAUCGCUUGGAACACAGCACCAAGCACAAAAGCUCCACCACACAGAGUGCUGGAUAACCCUGAUGUUAAAAAGACCAACGAGCUCACUGCAAUCUACAGCGAGGAGCACAGGCGUCACCCACUGUGAACCAAGGCCUGAAGGGAACUGACGUCAAAACUGGAUCCAGAGCUACACCACAACCAGUGGACAAAACACUUAAACAAAAAACAAACAUCAACUUACACAAACAGAAAAAUGAAAAACAAAAGAAAAAUGAAAAGCUCCGGUGAGAUGCGGCAGCCAAAACGCGCAUGGCGUACUCUCAACCAGAAACCGGAGUUCAGUUUACAUGAAACUUUGCAGUACAGUAUUAUGUUCAGUGCCAAACUGCCAAUGAAUGGUUAUGUUAUUGUUAUGUGCAUUUUUUUUUUUCAUUCAUAAGAAUAUUAGUCAUAUGCUUUGGAGGGUGUAGAUUUAUAUUCUAAUAGAGUUUUUAUUUUCUUCUAUUUUCUAAGUUCUAGUCCAGCAGAUUUUAGUCUGAAUGCCAAAUGAUAUGACUGUGUCUGUCACGUUGCAGCCACUUACAGAUGUAAUUGUAGAGGAGAGCGGGGAUCAAAGAGCAACGAAGCCAAAUUAAGAGACGUGAAUUGUGGUCGGGGACAGGUGAGGGUUGGUCGAUCAGCAAAGUGGACAACGUAGACAAGGCAGGAAGAAUAAACAAGGAAAGAUAGCGAGAAUCUGAAGACCAGUAGGCAGUCAGGAAAACAAGGCUCGGUAUGCACUGGAGAACACAGAACAAUACUUCACAGUGAGUGCUUGUGUGAGAGGGGUUUAAAUAGCGUGGUACUGAUUAACGAUGAGCUUCAGCUGUGCUCAAUACUCCGGUGACAGGGGGCACUGUGGCUCAUGGGUGUUGUAGUCUUGAGCGGCAAUGUUUUUAGUUUGUUCGGUGUUGUCGUUCUCACUACUGACACUGACCGUGUCUAGUUUUGAAUCAUUUUAAAAGUCAUUUUAUUACAAAGUUACUUGGAAUCUUGUAUCAAAAUUUUAACUAUUAUGUAAGAAUCAUUGUAUUGUUAAUGACUACAUGUCUUAUAGACUUAUUAUAAACAUAGUAUAAAAUAGUCAUUGUUGACAUAAUGUUUCAUGAGUGUUAUUAUAGUACCAGUUAGUGUAGUUAGUAUAGUGACAAGAUCAGUAAGUUGUAACCAACUGGAACAUCCUUGGGCCCCCCAGUGUCAUGCUCUGCUCCGGACAUCCACUCCGGAGAUUACGAAUCAUGCCAGUGCCGAUCUGAAUCCGGAACGGGAAUUCCUUCAUGCCUGCAUUCACUUCCUGGUUUUCUCUGCUGUUAUAAAUACGCCGUUCUCAGACAGGAACUUUGCCAGAACGUCUCGCUUUGCUUCUAGCUGUUUCUGUGCCUCUGUUAUGUUUCAUGGUUGUUUGCUCAAGCUCAUUUUUCUAUUUCAUGGUUUUUUGCACUAGGGUUUUUUUCUUGUUUUUGGUUUCUUGUCCUAGCAUUUUUUGUACUUGCCUGUUUCGUGUUUUUGUCUAGUUUUCUGUCUCUUGUUAUCUAGAUUAUUUUUGCCAUUUGUUUUUGUCCUGUUUGUUUAUCCUUGUGCCACGCCCUUUUCCCUGGAUUAAAACUCUCUAUUUAUUUGAUUACCGUCUGUGUUCUGCUCUUGGAUUCUACUCACCUCAUCUCACCUCCCAUAGCACCCAGACUUUUUUCUAGACAUGGAACUGACCUGUGUGCUACUGUUUUCUUGGGUAGAACUUUACACAUGUUUUUCUUUAACUUUUGACAUUUUCUUGUAAAUUAUAUUCAGUUUGUCGUGUAAUUA